AUGCAAAAGACAUUCGACCAAGGAUACGCCUCCCGGCUUUCGGACCCGGCAUCUGCCAAAUACUUCCUUGCACACCACGGGGUGUACAAAGGAUCGAAACUACGAGUCGUAUUCGACGCUGCCGCUCCCUUUAGAGGUAAAUCACUGAAUGAUGCUAUUUUAAGUGGGCCGGCCCUGCAACCAGCGUUGGCAGCCGUCAUCAGCCGAUUUCGGCAGGAAGAAGUCGCAUGGGCUUCCGACAUUGAAGCCAUGUUCAGCAAGUUCCGCUUGGCGUCCAGUGACGCUGACUAUUUCUGUUUCCUAUGGCGAGACAAGGAAACAGACGAACCGACAGUUUGUAGGAUGAACCGUUUACCCUUUGGAGCAAGCUGUUCGCCGUUUGUUGCCAUCUACGCGGUCCGUCAAAUCGUCAAGGAUGCCGGGGUAGCAGAACAUAUUGUCACCGCUGUCCAAGAACGGAUGUAUGUAGACGACUACUUAAGCUCAGCUCCAUCCGUCGUAGAAGCCCUGAGUGAAGCCACCGCUGUCAAGGCAGCACUAGCGAACGCCGAUCUCAACUUGCAACGGUGGAUCUCUAACUCGCACGAAUUCGUGUUAGGAAUAACAACCGAAGUCCCCAUGGAUCAACCGUCAUCGCACCCGUUGUCCGGAGAUGCGGAGGAAAAGGUGCUCGGCGUCGUUUGGAACACCCAUUUGGAUACACUCGGGUUUAAGGUCGCAAACUUCCCCGACACCGAGUUUACUCGUAUGGCCUUAGUCAGCAACGUAGCUAGCGUUUUCGACCCUCUGGGAACUGCCUCUCCACUCAUCGUGAGAGCCAAGAUCCGCCUACGAGAACUAGGCCUAAAGGGUUUGAGUUGGACGGAUGCUGUAGCCGAAGACGACCAGACAUGGUGGAACAAGUGGUUCGUCACUCUUAAACAACUGAAAUCAGUAGAAAUGCCCCGCUGUUUGCUUCCCGAUGGAGCCAAUAUAGUGUCGUCUGAACUUCACACCUUCUGUGACGCGUCGGAGGAGGCCUACGCUGCCGUAAUCUACAUCCGCAACGUCUACUCCGACGGUAGGGUAAUCGUCCGUCAGGCGAGGGCCGCCAACAAGCUCGCACCGAGGAAGGUCAUUUCUGUGCCGAAACUCGAGCUUAACGCAGCACUGCUAGGAUCUAGACUGGCAGUGACAGUCCAAUCCGCCCUGACAAUCAAAAUUAAGAAACGGAGAUUUUGGACGGACAGCAGCACCGUCCGAAACUGGAUUCGCGCCACAGCCGCCAAUUACCAGGUCUUCGUCAGCAACCGCGUCGGCGAGAUCCAGACUAUCACAGAGUCAGAAGAAUGGCGAUUCGUCCCUGGUAUUCUCAAUCCAGCCGAUGCUGCCACCCGCUCUACUCUAGACGGGAAGACAUUUCCUACCCUCUGGAUAGACGGACCGAACUUCCUAGUUCUCUCGGAAGAUGAAUGGCCCGUGGAUCUACCAUGGAUGGUCAGUACGGAAGAAAUUCGGAUGAGUCGGGUUUGUCAAGCGACAAAUCAAAGUGUCGUGUUCGACUGGACGAGCGUCGAGGUGAAACCUAGUGACGUAGCCGCUCUCUUCAAGUUGGAUGCAAGAUUUCUUGACCUCGUCAGACGCUGCCAGAGUGAGGUUUACGCCGAAGAGUUGCAGCGUAUCAAGAAGGGAAAGCCGCUCCACACUACCUCCAGUCUGCUAGCGUUAGCUCCAGUACUCGAUCCCGACGGAAUCUUGCGUCUUGGAGGCAGAGCGAGCCGAGCAAAGCUACCUUACGAUCAGCUUCAUCCUCCCCUCCUUCCAGGAAAGCACCCGUUUUCGAAGAUGAUCAUCGGUGCUUUCCACGAACAUCUGAAGCACGUAGGAACGGAUUUCUUACUAACCUACAUACGACAACAUUUCUGGAUCACCGGCGGAAGAGAAGCAGUGAAAAAGGCCCGCCGUGACUGUGUGAUCUGUCGCCGUAAUCGAGCCAAGCCUGGAGAGCAAUACAUGGCUGAUCUACCGGAAUCGCGUCUGGACGCAGGAUCGCUUCCUUUUACCAGGACUGCUGUCGAUCUGUUCGGUCCGUUUGAUGUGAGUCUCUACCGAAAUCGGACAGCUAAACGUUGGGGUGUCCUUUUUACUUGCAUGGUGACGCGGGCAAUAUUUCUUGAAUUAGUGCCGUCGCUUUCUAGUCCGGAUUUCUUGCUUUCUCUGCGAAAAUUCAUCGCGAUGUACCGAAAGCCUGCCGUUAUUCACUCCGACCACGGAACAAACUUCGUGGGCGCGGAACGUGAGCUGCGAGAAGCAGUAGAAGCUCUACACGCUUCUGAAGGAAUCCCAGAAUUUAUGAAAGAUUCCGGCAUCGAGUGGACCUUUCAGCCGCCGCGUACUCCGCAUUUUGGUGGAAUUCAUGAGUCUUUGGUGAAAUCAACCAAACGAGCGCUUUAUAGAGCGUUAGAACAAGAAGGAAAUAGUCUUCGGUAUCCCUCCGAAGACUUACUCCGUACCCUAUUAUACGAAGUCGCAGGAUUACUCAACACUCGCCCUCUCACCUAUGCGAGCUCUGAUCCAGCAGAUUUCCGCCCAUUAACUCCGAACGAUUUCCUGAAUCGUUCUCCUACCGCUUAUCCUCCAGCCGGGACAUUCGGGGAUGCUCCGCCGCGAGAUCACUACCGCUAUCUACAGCGAGUCCUCAACCUUUUCUGGGACUUGUGGAAAACGGUCUACUUACAAUCUCUCGCGGCAAGGAAGAAAUGGAAGACGAAGCAACCGAAUUUUGAAGUCGGCGACGUCGUCCUCGAAAUCAACAAGAGUCUUAGCCGUGGCGUAUGGAACAUCGGACACAUCGUAAAGGUGUUCCCGGGAUCAGAGUCUGUUGCGUCAUUUUUACAGUGUGCAUACACAGUCUGCAGCUUCGAUUACGUAAUACAAGUCUCUACUGUUCUCAGUCCGCCAUUUUCGCAAGAAAACGAGACAGGUUCCAAAUUCGUGGGAACAAGAUAG